UGCAGGCUCCCCUCCUGGCCCCACCCUAUUCUUGCCCUCCCCAUCAAGCAACUGAAACUGGAGCCCAGGCUGGAGGGGGGCCAGGGGGCGGCCCCCAGCCCAGACCGCCCUGGCCCGCUAGAUUAACUCUCUCAGCACAGCCCCAGGAGUAACAUGGGGCCAUCGUGGGGCCCGCGUGUGCACUAGGUUGUGAGAUGACACAGGCCUGCCUCUAGACCAGGGUCAGAGAAUGUUUUCUGCUAGGAUUCCUGGGAAUUGGCCCAGCCGGGGCCUAAGGUCACGCAACCUAAGUGCUUACGAGGUUACUGACCUCUGACACAGUGUUCUGACAGCCUUUGAUAACCAGUUUUCUUACAUUUUAUUUUAAACGUACGGUGCCUUGAUUUUGCAUGUAUGGUGGUGUGUUGCUGCCUCAGUUUUACCAGGAGUAACACACACACACACACACACUCACACACACACUCACACACACACUCACACACACACUCACACACACACUCACACACACACACUCACACACUCACACACACACACACACACACACACACACGAGGAAUCACAGACACCCAGCUAGUUCUCUAACUUCAGACACAAAGCAUGACUGGUGUAUUUGUACACACACACACACACACACACUCACACACACACUCACACACACACACACACACACACACGAGGAAUCACAGACACCCAGCUAGUUCUCUAACUUCAGACACAAAGCAUGACUGGUGUAUUUGUACACACACACACACACACACUCACACACACACUCACACACACACACACACACACGAGGAAUCACAGACACCCAGCUAGUUCUCUAACUUCAGACACAAAGCAUGACUGGUGUAUUUGUACACACACACACACACACACACUCACACACACACUCACACACACACGAGGAAUCACAGGAAUCACAGACACCCAGCUAGUUCUCUAACUUCAGACACAAAGCAUGACUGGUGUAUUUGUACACACACACACACACACACACACACACACACGGCGCGCGUGCGCGCACACCCAUGCACACUCGGGUAUCUGUGCAGAGAUACAGCCAGGAUGUAACCACUGGAUGAGUCACUCAGGAAGCAGAAGCAGGAGGAUUGGGGUUUCCAGGUCAGACUGGCCCGCAGAGUGAGCUCCAUAGAGAUCAAGACACAUGACCCUUCUCAUUAAAAAAAAAGACAUUGGUGUACCUCUGUCUACUCUCACACACAGUUACACACUAUCACACACAGCCCACGGGAACACAGUCAAAGACAGACUCACACCCGGCCCUCCCUUUCCCGUGCCACAAGGAGGUGCACACACAGCUCAACCCGCAGGAAUGGGGGCACACCAGCGAGUUCACGGUGGGGGCUUCCACACGGCCACCUCAAACCCACCCGCUGUGUGAGCACCCCGUGUGCAGACCAACAGGCUCGUCAUGGUCCAUACAGCCAUGGGCACGCAGGGCCACAUGCUCCAAAGCCACAGAGAGGCACUGUCUUGAACUUCCUGUCCCCUUAGCUCAUGUCGUCCUGGGGAGAACACUUUUGACAUUCUCACAGACCAGCCAGCUCCACAAGCCCCCCAGACAGAGAAACCAGGGGGGCAGGCAUGGGUUCAAGACUCCUUGCUAUGUGACCUUUGAGCAGCUAAUGAGACCUCACUGUCCCUCAGCCUUCCUGGGCUACAAAAUGGAGAAACCACUGAUAUUACAUCGGCAACUCCUGGCCAGGCUCAGAGGUUCACAAACGUAAAGUUGCCAUCUCCAUCUUUAGAGACUGAUAAACUGAGGUCUGGGAUAACUGAUUUUUCCUUAAGUCUCCCUGCUGGUAGAAGUGUCCCCCAGCCUCAAGCAAACAGCAGCCCAGACCCUAUGCUCGGCAAACAGGAGCUUAGCCCUGUCACCGACACAAACCUAGCCUCAGAUAUCCCUGUGUCCCCACACCCCUCUUUACCCUCGCUGUCCCAGCGUCCCUGGUUACAGAUAACCCUGAUGUUUGCACAGCACCACGGGGUGGGGGCAGCCAGCCUGUCCAGCCUCCUUUGCUCACAGAGAGCCUCUGAAGUGCUCACUGCCCCAGGGUGGAACAGCUUGAUCCUUUCCCACCGUGUGACAGCCUGUCCGGGGCUCAGUUGUCCCAUCUGUAAAAUGGAAAGAAUAGCCAUAGUCCCCUAAUGGAGGGAGGUGGUGUGAUUAUCUAGAACCGUCUGGGCAAAGCAGUGAAAACUGGCUGGUGCAGGGUGAAUGUUUUGUUUGUUUGUGCCAAGUUGCCCCAGCCUUCUCUGUAAAAAGCCAUCUUUCUCGUGAUAAACGGGAGUGAGACCCUGCUGGAAGGGUUCAGACCUGUCACUGUGCCCUUUGCAUCCCUAGCAGAAGCCUUUUCCAAUUGCUCUCUUUUGUUUGUUUGUUUUGAGACGGGCUCUUAUUCCACAACCCCAGGCUGGCCUCAAACUCCCCGUGUAGCCUAGACUAGCCUCCACCUUCUGAGUGCUGGGAUUACAGGUGCCAUCACCGCUCUGAACCUCCACCAGCAUGUUCCCGUGGAGGGCUGGGAAUGCGGCUCCAUCAGCAGAGUGCUUACUCAGCAUUCAUGGGGCCCUGGGCUCAGUCCCCAGCACCGCAGAACCUGGAGUGACGUCACAUGCUCAUUCCCGGAGCGCUGGGAGAUCAAGGUCAUCCUUGGCUGUACAGUGAGCUCAAGGCCAGGCUGAGUUAUGUGAGACCCUCUGUAUAAAAGGAUUGCCCCUACAAUACAGAGAAACCCUGUCUCGAAAAACAAAAACAAAAACAAAAAAAAAAAAAGGAUUGCCCCCCCAAGCCUGACUGAACCACAAAGAGGGGAGCUGAUGCCUUAGCUCACUGAGCCUCAGUUUGGGAGUGGACAGUAUGUAUGAUCCCACUGACAAAUGAGGAAACCGAGGAACAGAGAGGUCAAGUACCUUGACUGAGGCAACACGGGACUGGGCUGGACCCAGGACCUAUUUGGAUCCUGUCCUCCAAUGUCAUCUCCGUGACCAGAGGCUGUGUGUUUCUCGGCUUUCUGGCCCCGUGAAGCUAAUCAUUUCAGAGUCUCGGGCCUCGGUUUCCCCAUUUUUGGAGAAGGAGUUGUAAAGCAGGAGCAGCAGUGCCCCGCCCCACAUCUCACAAGGCUGCUGGGACGUCAGAGAGCUAACACAUGUAGAACCGGGCAUACGGUCCAGUGUGGCGGCGCCCAUCUGUCAUCCCAGCACUUGGCAGGCUAAGCCGGAAGAGUCUUGCAUUUGAGGGCAGCCUGGACUACAAAACAAGCAAGCAAACAAAUAUAAAAGACUAUCACACAGCUUGAGGGACACCCCACUGGGGCCUUAGGUUGGGUUAUGUGUGAUUUACGAACUUUUCUCAUUUAAUGGAGACAAUCUGAGUCUCUAGAUGCUUAGUCCAGUUGGAAGCACCUAAGUUGUGCACAUGUCCACAAAUUCCAUCCUCCAAAGAAAGGAUGCAGAAUGAUAUGGAGAGAACCUGGAGCCGGCUUCCUGGGUUUGGAUCCUGGCUCUUCCUCUACUGGGGCCCGGCCUCCCUUCAACUGUAAAUUAGUCAUGCAAAUUAGACACUGGCCUGAGGGUCAGGGAAGAUUAGACCACUGGUAGUGAUGAGGACAAAGGUCUGUAGAUCUGGUGUGGAAGAGAGAGGCAGCGUCAUCACCCUUAGUUCUAGUAUUCAGCAUCGGACCUUGGCUUUCACGGGGUUAAUUACAGGGAUCUGGAAGGAGUUCUGGCUUUGGGGCAGGGUGGUUGCCCUGCCAAGCGUAGCCACCAGGGGGAGCAGCUGGACCGGUACUGGCCUGAUGGCGCCUUGGAGACAGGGUGGACCACACCCUUUAAGAGAAGGGGCUGGCAAGAAGAGUUAGGAUACCCCCACCCCCCACUGACUUCUCCUCCAGCCCCUCCCAUCAGCAGUCUGAAGAGGCCAUCUGCUCCCCACCCUGGGGACAUCCUUCCCACUCUCCCCCAGCUGGGGUGGAGUGGGGACUCUGAUUGAUGACAGGGUCGGUUGGAAGAGCCUAGGGUGGCUCAGGCCCUUGGCAGCCCCGCCCCCUCAAAGGCCAUUCAGCCCCUUUCCUCCUAUGGCCUCUGACCCCCUCCUUCCUACCCUUCUGCUGGGCGCACCCCAGGCCACAGCAAGUGGGACAGGAGUGUAGCAGGAGGACGCACAGAAAGAAGGUACUGGAAACUUGAGCAGGGCAGGGAGGUGAGAAUUACAGACGUCAGGCAGGGAGGACAAGGACAGACACGUAGACACAGACAGACAGACAGACACACACACACAAACACACACGAGAGAGAGAGAGAGAGAGAGAGAGAGAGAGAGAGAGAGAGAGAGAGAGAGAGAGAUCUAGAAGCCAAACCAGAGACACACAGAUAGACAAAGGCAGAGAUAGGCCAGAGAUUGCAAGGGUUGGGGGAACGGGAAAACAGAAAGAUAGGGAGAGAGAUUGACAGGAACCCCACACACGCACGCACACUCCAGAUACAGAGGAGGGGGGGCAGGCUGAGAGAGAGAACGAGGAAUCGAGCCAGCCACAGGACAAGCGUGGCCAGCAGCGGGAUGCAGGGGCGCCCCACAAAGAUGUAGUGGUCGGGGUCUGGCGGGUAGGGUCCAGUGGGAGCCUGGGCAGGGGCAGGGGGCAUGGGAGGGGCAGGCAUUCUGCUGCUGCUGUUGGCCGGGGCUGGGGCAGCGGUGGCCUGGAGUCCCCCCAAGGGCAAGUGUCCUCCACGCUGCUCAUGCUCCAAGGAGAGCACCCUGUGUGAGGGCCCCACCGAGCUGCCCGACACCUUCUCUACCACGCUGCUGUCACUCUCCCUCGUGAGGAUGGGGGUCUCCCAGCUGAAGGCUGGCAGCUUCACGAAGAUGCCAUCGUUGCGCCUGCUGCUCUUCACGUCCAAUACCUUCUCCGUGAUCGAGGACGAUGCCUUCAGUGGCCUGUCCUACCUGCAGUACCUCUUCAUUGAGGACAACAAGAUUGGCUCCAUCUCCAAGAACGCCCUGAGAGGACUCCGCUCCCUCACCCACCUGAGCCUGGCCAACAACCACCUCGAGGCUCUCCCCAGAUUCCUGUUUCGAGGCCUGGAGACCCUGACGCAUGUGGACCUCCGCGGGAACCCCUUCCAGUGUGACUGCCGAGUCCUCUGGCUGCUUCAGUGGAUGCCUACGGUGAAUGCCAGUGUGGGCCUGGGAGCCUGUGCAGGCCCCUCUGCCCUGGCCCGGAUGCAACUCGAUCACCUUGACCCUACGAAGUUCAAGUGCAGAACCACAGAACUGUCCUGGCUCCAGACUGUUGGGGAGGCGGCACUGAGCGUGGAGUCCUUCUCCUACCAGGGGGAACCUCACAUGAUCCUGGCUCAGCCCUUCGCUGGCCGCUGCCUGAUCCUGGUCUGGGACUACAGCCUGCAGCGCUUCCGGCCUGAGGAAGAGCUGUCCGCGCCCUCCGUGGUGUCCUGCAAACCGCUGGUGCUGGGCCCACGCCUCUUCAUAUUGGCUGCCCGCCUGUGGGGAGGCUCGCAUCUGUGGUCUCGGGUCAGCCCCGAUCUGCGUCUGGCCCCAGUGCAGGUCCUGGCCCCUCAACGACUGCUGCGACCCAAUGACGCCGAGCUCCUGUGGUUGGAUGGGCAGCCCUGCUUCGUGGUGGCUGACGCCUCCAAGGCUGGCAGCACCACGCUGCUGUGCCGCGACGGGCCUGGCUUCUACCCACGCCAGAGCCUGCACGCCUGGCACCGUGACACCGACGCCGAGGCCCUGGAGCUGGACAGCCGACCGCAUCUGCUGCUCGCUUCCGCUUCCCAGAGGCCGGUGCUCUUCCACUGGACUGGCGGCCGCUUUGUGAGGCGCACAGACAUCCCAGAGGCCGAGGACGUCUACGCCACCAGACACUUUCAGGCCGGUGGAGACGUGUUCCUGUGCCUGACUCGAUACAUCGGGGACUCCAUGGUCAUGCGCUGGGAUGGCUCCAUGUUCCGCCUGCUCCAGCAGCUCCCAUCUCGAGGUGCCCAUGUCUUCCAGCCGCUGCUGAUCGCCAGAGACCAGCUCGCCAUCCUCGGCAGCGACUUUGCCUUCAGCCAGGUCUUCCGCCUUGAGCCAGAUAAAGGGAUCCUGGAACCGCUACAGGAGCUGGGACCCCCGGCCUUGGUGGCCCCUAGAGCCUUUGCCCAAGUCACCGUGGCGGGAAGGCGCUUCCUGUUCGCAGCGUGCUUCAAGGGCCCCACACAGAUCUACCAGCACCACGAGUUGGACCUCAGUGCCUGAGGCUGGGCAGGGCCCUGGAAGUGGUUUCGGGGCUGGCCAGGGCUCCCUACGACAUCUGGGUACCCUUCUCGGGCCUGGUCUCCUGGCCAUCGCAGCCGGCCCUGUGUGACACAGAUCGCUAUCCGACCGUCUGGAGGACGGGGCAAAUGGGAGGAGGUCUCUCUCUGCUCCCAACGUUUGGGGCCCUGACGUCUGAAGCCACAUUUUGGCUGAGGACGGAUGCUCCUCCCAUAAGCAACGACUCGGGAGCGCAGCCUGGAGCUGGGAUUACAGAAAUCAAAAGGGCAAUCUUCUGAACUCCAAGAGUAUCCCACCCUCGGCGGCGCCUUGGUCCUGCUCCAUAUAAAGUACCGAGAGAGAGCUUUCUUUCCCACUCAAACCCAAUCUGGCCAUUCAUUGGCUUUCAUGGAGGACUACGCAUCUCUGUGACGUCACAGUCGCCGGGCAGUUUCCCGGGCCUGGCUGGCACUUCGCUGCUUGUGCGCAUGUCUGCUGCCAAAGGUUGAUCGGCUGGCGUUUUGUUGCUUUUAUGUGUGCGCAGAAAAAGCGAAAGCGGUAAAGAUGAGUCUGGAGGUGCCGAAGAAAGCCCUGGGCACCCCAGAAUGUGACAGGGGCAAGAACAGAAAGUGUAUCCGUUCAAUAAAUGCCCUGCGCUCCCGACCUGCCCGGUCUGUGGGAUCAUGGCAGGAAGGUCUUGUGAAUGCUGCUGAGUGGCAGGCGACGAUGGCCCUGGAUGGGAACCCUGGGCCAGAACUUUGCUUUGAAAGGUCUUGGGCAUUCUCCGGGGUGUCGCAUGGCAUCAUGCUGGACGCCCUGAUAUCAGGGUGCUGGCAGUCUCGAGUCUGGGGUUAGCGGAGGGUCUCACUCUGUGUGACCACUGUAUAUUGUUAGGGGUGUCCUGGGGAAUUAAAGGCUUCACAGGGACAA